AUGGCCACGCACAAUGUUGCUGUCGCCCUUGACAAACGGGAGUCUAUCCCUGGUCCGUCACCGCUCCCACUGUUGGGGAAUAUUCGAGACAUCGAUGUCAAAAACACUGUUAGAAGUCUUAAUGAGCUCGCUGACUCUUAUGGACCAAUCUACCGCUUGAAACUCGGGGUCGCCAAUGUCAUAAUCAUUUCCAGCUAUGGACUGAUCAAUGAAGUCUUGUCCCGGAAGGAGUUCAUCAAGUAUCCCGUUGGGACCGUGAUGCGCAUGAGAGACGUUAUUCAUGACAGCCUCAUCACUGCCUUCCACCAUGAGGAAAACUGGGCGAUUGCACAUCGCACCUUGGUUCCUGCUUUUGGACCCUUGGCCAUCAAACAAAUGUUUGGCGAGAUGCAUGAUAUUGGCUCUCAGCUCGUGCAGAAGUGGAUUCAUUCGGGGCCCACCACUGCUAUCGACGUCGCGGCAGAUUUGCAAAGUCUUGCGUUGGACACACUUGCGCUAUGUGCGAUGGACACACGAUUCAACUCUUUGUCUCGAGAUGCGGAUGAGCCGCACAAGCUCGUCAAUGCCUUGAACGGCAUAUUUUCCGAAGUCACAGUGCGGGCUGCCAGACCAGCGUGGUUUACCAAGCUGCAGUGGUCUGCAAAUCGCAAGUUCGACGAGAAUAACGCUUUUCUCCGCAAACUCGCCCACGAGGUGAUCAGUCACCGCAGAGCAAACCCAUCCCAGAAGAAGGAUUUGUUGAAUGCCCUGGUGAACGGCAAAGACCCGGCCACAGGUAAUUCCUUGACAGAUGAUUGCAUCAUAAACAACAUGAUGGCGUUUCUGAUUGCUGGAUCAGAGACAACUGGCAAUUUGCUUGCGUUUCUGCUUUACUACCUCCUGGCAAACCCAAGGGCAUACGCAACGCUACGAGAGGAGAUCGAUAGGGUGGUGGGGAGUGACCCUUUGGCCCCCGAGCAUCUGAACAAGUUGCCGUACACCAAGGCUUGCCUGAGAGAAGCACUUCGGCUGCAACCUACGGUUCCCGUUCUAGCUGUCAAGCCAGUGGAUGUAGAUGGCCCGAUCGUACUGGGACACAAGUGGGAGCUCGACGGACCGCAGACCAUUCUUAUUUUGCUUCACCAUCUUCAUCGAGAUGCUUCUGUUUGGGGUGAGAAUGCCAAAGACUUUAACCCUCAAAGAAUGUUGGACAAGAACUUUGCGAAAUUACCGCCCAACGCAUGGAAGCCAUUCGGAAAUGGGCAACGAUCCUGUAUUGGGAAUGAAUUCGCCUUCCAAGAAGCCACCAUUGCCGUUGCACUUCUCUUUCAGAAAUUCGACUUCUCAUUCGCGGACCCGGAUUACAAACUCACCAUCAAACAAGCGGCAAGUAUCAAGCCAGCAAACCUCUUUGUACACGCCAAACCAAGACCUGGAGUCGAUGCUUUGUCGACUAACCAGGGCGUUGUGCACGAGGACACCAUCGGGAAACCCGCUCCAGCCACAGAGAACGUAUUUUCAGGCGUCAAUGACCUAAAACCGAUUAUUGUCUACUACGGCUCCAACAUGGGAACAUCAAUGGAGCUUGCCAAUAACCUGGCAAAGUCAGCUAUUCAGCGAGGUUUCCAGUGCACAGCAGCGGCUCUUGAUGAAGCCACCGGGAGUCUCAGGCCGGGAGUUUUGUCUGUAUUCAUCAGCUCGUCUUAUGACGGACAGCCCACAAACAACGGGGCCAAGUUCAUUGACUGGAUCUCAGCAUUGAGUCCAAACUCCUUGACGGGGGUUGAAUUCGUGGUUUUUGGGUGUGGCAACCGUACGUUUUUCGUUUUACUGUUUUCCAUCAUACGGGCUAACCUAGAGGGAACAGGGGAAUGGAGGGACACCUUUCAGCGUAUCCCAAAUCUUAUCUUUGAUCUCUUGGAGAAACACGGUGCGAUAUCCAUCGCGGCAAAGGGAAGUGCAGAUGCUGCCGAGGGCGAUGUGCUCGCCCAGUUUGUGACGUGGCAGGCCAGUGACUUUUGGCCGUGUGUUGCGAACCUCCACGGCGUCGCUCCUGGAACCACAGAUGAAGCAUUGCGUGUUGCGGUUGUGCAUCACAAACCUACUUUUCAGCCUAUUCAGACGGGUGUUAGCGCCAUUGUGAAGAAGGUCUAUCGGCUUACUGAUGAUCGAGUUCGACCGAAAUACCAUCUUGAACUUGAGCUUCCGGAGGGGCACAACUACGAGGUCGGCGGCUAUCUCGAGAUACUGCCGCGCAACCCCCUGGAGCUUGUCAAACGAGCGCUCAGAGCCUUGGGGCUCAAAGAGGACGAUGUACUUGAACUACACAGCUCGGCUUCAACCCCGCUACCUACUGGUGUGCCACUCCUGGCAAAAGACCUCCUUUCUCACCAUUUGGAUCUGAACCAGCCAGCCACUGUCAAGCUUCUCAGGGAUCACUGCGAAGUGGCAGAGGACAAGCAGGCCCUGGACUCGAUCCUCGAAGAAGGCAACAGAACCACUGUCUUGACUCGUCGUCCGUCUGUCCUUCAGAUUCUAGAGGCUGUCAAGAUUGGCAACCUUCCCAUGUCCGCCCUAAUAGGCCUCCUCCCACCACUCAAACCCAGACCUUACUCUAUUUCAUCCUCGCCAUUAUCAUCGCCGUCAAGAUGUACUUUGACUUGGUCCGUCUUGCAACACCCAGGUCUAUCCCAUCCUCGGUUUAGCCAAAUCACCACUUACGGCCUCGCUUCCAACUUCCUGUCUGCGCUCAAAGACGGGGAUACGUUGUCCGUUACAGUGAAACCCAGUCAUGCCGCAUUUCGGCCCGUUUUUUAUGGACCUGGAGCGACACCCGUGAUCAUGGUUUGUGCUGGUGCGGGCCUUGCUCCUUUCAGGGGAUUCUUGCAACACAGAUUUGAGCUGUUAAGGCAGGGUUCAGUGCUUGAGACCAAAAUGCCACCUGCCAUGCUCUUUGUUGGCUGUCGGUCCCCUGCUGACAAAAUCUACGCGGAUACCUUGAGAGAGUGGGCUUUGGCUGCGAGAGUCGACAUUUUCUACGCUUUCUCCCAAAACACGGAGAAUACAGAGAGUGCAGGGUGCAAGUAUGCUCAGGAUAGACUUUGGCUGGAGCGAGUUCGGGUGAUGGACCUGUGGGAACAGGGAGCAAGAAUGUAUGUUUGUGGCAGCAGGCUUGUGAACGAGGGUGUGAAGGACGUACUCAAGAGGAUGUAUGUUGAGGGUGUGCAGAAGCAGAACGGCCAAGAUCUUACGGAGGCGCAGGUUGAAGAGUGGUGGGCGAGUACAAGAAGGGACAGGUAUGCGGUUGAUGUAUUCUAG